AUGGCUUCAGAUUUGUUGAGACAAGAAAAUGUGAAAGGAAUGGGUGGAAUGUUUGGUCAAAACGAAAAUCCAGUCUUCCGGAAUCUCGAUAUAGUCAACGGAAGAUAUAUGGAUCCGUUAGAGGAACACCGCGAGGGUGAAGAGGGAGAUAAGAUGGCUCAGAGAGUAGGCGUCGUCAAUCUAGAUAGUGACACUUCGAGCAGGCCAACAGAGCGACGUGAACAAGAUCGAUAUAUCCAUGAGGUGAUGGGAGGUGUGAUGAGAUAUUUUGUUCCCCAAAGCGGCAGCACAUACCCGAGACUCUGCAUGAAGUGGUUGGUGUCACUUGAGGAGGGUUGUUACUCGGACGUCCCGUGUGAGUGUUGA